AUGGAUGCCUACCUCAAGAUAGUACAUGGAUUAGCCGCAAAGUUCGACUUCUUCGAACUCGUCAAAGUUCCCAGAGGAGAAAACGUCUGCGCCGACGCCCUUGCAGCCCUUGGAAGCAAGCUUCAUGACCAAGUUAAACGAACUAUUCCAAUACACCGCAUUGAGAAGCCGAGCAUCAAUAUCUCGACGGACCAAACCGCCAUCAUAGCCCCAGUCACCGAAACCGACACUCUCGUUACUGAUGAGUUCGGCCCCGACAUGCGAACUGAGUCAACCGAGAAAUGGGCAGCCCGCCGACUAAAAACGCGCAGUGCCCAUUAUGUUGUCCUAGACAACGAACUCCAUCGAUGGACUGUGAGUAAAGUACUACUCAAAUGUAUCCACGGCGAAGAAGCGGUCAGGGUUGUGGUCGAAACACACGAAGGCGCCGGAGGUAACCAUUCGGGCGGACGCGCAUUAGCAAUCAAAGUGAGAAGCCUGGGUUUUUUCUGGCCGACGAUGAACGCAGAUUGCGAGUCCUACGCCAGAAGCUGCGACAAGUGCCAACGGCACGCACCAAGCAUCCAUUGUCCAACUGAAAUGUUACGAACGACAGUCGCACCGUACCCAUUCAUGCGAUGGGCAAUGGAUAUCAUAGGACCUCGAAGAAACGGUCAGGGUUAUGGCCGAAACACAGGAAGGCGCUGGAGGAAACCAUUCGGGCGGACGCGCAUUAGCAAUCAAAGUGAGAAGCCUGGGCUUUUUCUAGCCGACGAUGAACGCAGAUUACGAGUCCUACGCCAGAAGCUGCGACAAGUGCCAACGACAUGCACCAAGCAUCCAUUGUCCAACUGA